AUGCCCGGCACCGACGCACCGGCCGAGUCCGAAAAGCCCGCGGCGGCGGGCACAUCGUCAACAAGCGCGGCGGCGCCUGCGGACGCCGCCCGGCCGAAGCGGCGGCCCGCGCGGUUCUGGAUGGUCAUCGUGGCGCUCAGCCUGCUCGCCUUCAUCACGUCCCUCGACGCCAUGAUCCUGUUCACGGCGCUGCCGACCAUCACGGCCAAGCUCGACGGCUCGGCCGUGUACGUGUGGAUCGCCAACUGCUUCGUGUUCGCGGCGACGGCGGUGCAGCCGCUGGUCGGGCAGCUGGCCGACAUCCUUGGCCGCAAGGUGCCGACGGUCGUGUGCGUCGCGCUCUUCACCCUCGGCAGCGGCAUCGCCGGCGGCGCGGCGAACCCGGCCAUGUUCAUUGCGGGGCGGUCCAUCCAGGGCAUCGGCGCGGGCGGCAUCUACUUGCUUAUCGAUAUUAUCGCCUGCGACCUGGUGCUGCUGCGGGACCGCGGCAAGUGGCUUGGGAUCAUCAACUACGGCGACCUGGCCUCUAGUAUCGCGUCGCUCGACGUUGUCGGCAAUCUCAUCUUCAUCCCGAGUAUCAUCGCGGCGCUCAUCGGCCUAGUAACCGGCGGCGUCGUACACCCGUGGUCGUCGUUCCGCCACUUCAUCGCUCGCAACCCGGGGGUGCCCUCGCGCCUGUUCGGCAACCGCACGUCGGCGGGCGGCUACGUGCUGAUGUUCCUGUCGUCGGUGCUGAUGCAGACGGCGGGCUACUUCCUGCCCGUCUACUUCCAGGCCGUCCUCGGCACCACCGUGAUGGACUCGGGCGUCUACUUCCUGCCGUUCGCCAUCGGCACGCUGUUCGCCGCCGCCGUCGGAGGCGUCCUCAUGAGCCACCUCGGCGUCUACCGCCCGAUCCACGUGGCCGCGUUCGCCCUGAGCGCCGUCGGCUUCGGCCUGUUCACGCUCCUCGGCCCGGACACGCCCAAGGUCGCGUGGGCCUGGUACGAGCUGGUCACGGUCAUCGGGCUGGGCCCCACCAUCUCCACAGUGCUCCCGGCCAUCCUCGCCGGCCUCCCGCAGUCCGACGUGGCCGCCGCGACGGCCGUGUUCUCCUUCAUCAAGACCUUCGGCUUCGUAUGGGGCGUGUCGAUCCCGUCCAUCAUCUUCAAUGGCGUGGUCGACGACAGCGUGCCGGCCGCGCACGGCCUGGCCCCGACCGUGAACUUUGCCAUGUGGAGCGAGGUGGUGCAGGUGUACGUGGCGGGUUUGAAGGCUGUCUGGUGGUGGGGCGUGGCGCUCAGCAUCCUAGGGGUGUUUGCCGUGGCCAUCGAGGACCACCUGCCGCUGUCGACCGAGCUGGAGACGGAGUACGGGCUGCGGGAAGGCGGGGCGGGAGCAGCGGACAAGGACAGGCCGGCAGCCGUAGAGACUGGAUCCGCCAGCACGUAG